AAAACUAUGGGAUCGACUAAUCAAACAGCUACAGGAGAAUUCCUCCUUUUGGGCCUCUCAGAUGAUACAGAACUGCAGUCUGUCAUAUUUGCUCUGUUCCUGUUCAUAUACCUGGCCACAGUGCUUGGAAACCUCAUCAUCAUUCUGGCCAUUAUUUCGGAUUCCCAUCUCCAUACACCCAUGUACUUCUUCAUCUCCAAUCUGUCCUUCGCUGACAUUUGUAUAAGCACAACCACCAUCCCAAAGAUGCUGGUGAACAUCCGAACACAGGAUCAGAGAAUAACCCAUACAGGUUGCUUCACUCAGGCUUGCUUUGCCAUGGUGUUUGCUAGCUUAGAAAGUUGUCUCCUCUCAGCAAUGGCCUAUGACCGCUAUGUAGCCAUUUGCCAUCCCCUGAGGUACACAGUCACCAUGAACUUCCAUUCGUGUAGCUUGCUCAUUCUAUUCUCCCUGUUCAUUAGCAGUGUGAAUGUACUGCUACUCAGUCUCACUGUGCUGCAGUUAUCUUUCUGUAGAGACCUGGAGAUCCCCCAUUUCUUCUGUGAACUUACUCAGCUCGUGAAUCUUGCCUGUUCGGACACCUUCAUCAGUAACAUGCUGAUAUAUAUUGCAUCCAUCAUAUUUGGUGGCAUUCCUGUCUUUGGAAUUAUUUUUUCUUAUGUUGAAAUCAUCUCUUCUGUUUUGAAAAUAUCAUCAGUGCAAGGAAGAUACAAAGCAUUUUCCACAUGUGUGUCUCACUUGUCAGUUGUUUCCUUGUUCUAUGGGACGGGUUUAAGUGUAUGCAUUGGAUCUGCAGUAAAUGAUUCUCCCAGGAAGACUGCAGUGGCUUCAGUGAUGUAUUCUGUGGUUACUCAGAUGUUGAACCCCUUUAUCUACAGCCUCAGGAACAGGGACAUGGCAGGUGCUCUGAGGAAACUUAUGGGUAAGAUGGCCUCUUUUAUAUGA